AUGCCUUCUAACAAACCCCGAUUAUACAUUGCCUUAUAUCCUAGCGGCGUUGUCAAUAGCGAGGAACGCAAAUACCACUGGGGCUUCUUGAUCGGACCGAAAGCAGAGAGCAAAGCCAUAGUACCAGGUGCACGUUACCACGUCAAAAACUCCCCUCUGGGAUGGACAUACGAAGAGAUUCCAUUAGAGAAUGUCCGGACCACCAAUAGCCUCUUGGCGCGCAUUCUCAUUGCCAAAAUCGAAGAUGAGCAACGUCUCAUAGCCCUCCUGCGCCAACUUCCAGUCAUCCAGGGCGACCCAAACUGGAGAUGUCGCACUUGGAUCGCUGGCGCCCUGGCCGAGAUUGCGAGGGAUGGAAAGUGUCUUGGCACCGCCCAGCUGGAUUGGCAUAAGAUUGAGGCGUUUGCAAGACACUAUGUAGGAGACAAGACUGCUAGUGGUCGCUAUCAUUCUGCUGCGGAUUUGAUAAAGCCAAAGCCAACUUGGGAUAUGCUUGAAAAUAAGGAAAUCGUAGCUUAG